AUGGAAUUCACUCCUUCCGAUUCCGCUGCCGCUCCUAGCCGCGGUGCCUGCUAUUCUUGCGGCAACAGCGGUCACCAGGCUCGCGAUUGCCCCUCCAAGGGUCCUGCUAAGUGCUAUAACUGCGGCAACGAGGGCCAUCUAAGCCGCGAAUGCUCGGAGCCCAUGAAGGAGAACAAGUCAUGCUACAAGUGUGGCCAGCCCGGCCACCUGUCUCGCGAGUGCCCCACUGCCGGAGGAAAUGGCCAGUCCACCGAGUGCUACAAGUGCGGUGAGAUGGGCCAUAUCGCUCGCCACUGCACCAAGUCGUCAUAUGGCGGCAGUUACGGGGCCAGCUACAAUGGUGGUGCUGGCAAAACCUGCUACUCUUGCGGAGGCUACGGCCAUAUGUCUCGCGAGUGUGUCAAUGGCAUGCGUUGCUACAACUGCGGCGAGUCUGGCCACUACUCUCGCGACUGUCCCAAGGAGUCUACCGGUGGCGAAAAGAUCUGCUAUAAAUGCCAGCAGUCUGGGCACGUCCAGGCCGCUUGCCCCAACAACUAA